UUUUUCUUGACUAUUUAGAGAGAUAAUAUGUAGGUACAUAAAAUACAUGGAUAAAGGAAUAUAUACCCGGAUUAGCUAGCUAGCUGAACAGUUGAAAUAGAGUGCAGAUUACACCAAACUUAAAUUAAUAUGAUCAUAGUGCCUACACUUACGUACCAAGUCAUCUGACAUCGAUAAGGAAUGGGAUUCUUUAGAGGCAGAGUUGUCUUCUUAGUGAAGCAUUUAGAGUUUCAGUCAUUCAGGAGCCUGUCUCAGAGCCAUGUCAAGCGAAUUCUCCAACACAACACAGGUAUGAAUCAGGAAGUCAGAAGAAACAGUGGCAAACCCCUUAAAGAAAAAGUAACAGGACAGUGUUCAAGCGGUGUAUUAUCCAGCAAUGAAGAGGUGUUAAUUUCAAACUCUCAAUUUAACAGUAAAACUUGUGAUAUUGCCAAUAAGGAAGAGAAUGACCCUGGUUUAAGUGCUUUGGUCAAUGAGAAUAUAAGCCAUCCUCAUCGUAGUUGUUCUAAAGACAUUGUGCUGGGUAAGGGGAUUCCCCCUGAGCCCCCUGUGGACUGCUGUAUGAGUGGAUGUGCCAACUGUGUGUGGAUCAUGUAUGCAAAUGAACUGAGGAAAUAUUACGAGAAAGACGGAAAUGAACGUGCCAAAAAAGAAAUAGAAAAAAUUGAAAAUCCAUCACUCAAAAUGUUUCUCAAACUCGAGCUUGGUCUUUUAUAACAUUGUGAUUUAAUUAUAUUAAAGCUAUCAUAUAUCCAUAUAAUUAACUCAGGGAUCUGUUUUACUAAAGGAAUUUUAAUUUAGACUAAAAAAUAUGUUGCCAAAAUACUUUUUUGUGUUUGACGAUAAAUUUAAAAACAGCAAUAAAUUUUAAAUUUUGUAAAAGAUAUUGAAGGAUGAAUAAUUUUUGCAGUAAUUUAAAACAGGACAGUUUUUUUUAAAAAAAGGUUAAAUUUGGACUGUGCCACUGCAUCAUGAAUUCUUUAGUAAAAUGGGGUCCAGAUCUGAAUGUGAUACCAUUCUUUUUUCAUAUCAUUGUUACUUAGUUUGUUGCAUAAUUUUGAUGUGAAUGUAAUUCAAUACUCCAAUUUGACUUUUUAAUGACAUACGAGGUAUUAUGUAAACUUUUAAUUCUUCAAAGGGUAAAUAUAAUAUAUAAUUCAUGUAAAACUGUUAUUUCAAAAUUUUCAAAUUUAAUCAUUACAAUUUUGAAAAGCAUAAACUUGCCUUGAUUAUCAAAAUUCAAAAUAAGAAGAUACAGGUUGAAGCUUGAUCUGUUGCCUAAAGCCUGUUUGUUUUUUGUAUGCAAAAAAUGUUUUAAUAAUUGAAAAGAAAUAUUAAAAUCAGAAAAUAUUGUUUUUCAAUCCCUUUUUACUCAUAAAGUUUAAAACUGUUAUUUUUUUUCCUUUUUCAUUUAUUUUAGUUUCUUUACCCUUUUUGUUAUUACCACACCCCACCAACUCGCAUGUUAGAAAGUAUUCUAUUUGUAUAAAAUUCCCUCCUGUUUAUAAAACUUAGAUUAUUUGAGUUUUAUUUGCAUGUAUGCAGAAUUUUACUUUUCAUAUGCUGAUGAAUUUUAUGUGUGAAUUUUUAUCUACUUUACAGAUAGAAAAUUGAAACUGAUAUUAUUUUAUGCAUAAAGAACUUGGUAUUUUAAAUCGGUAUUUGUUCGAUUAAUUUAAAUUUUAUUUUAUUAUUUGAUUGUAUCUUAAUUGCCACUAGUCAAGAUUUUUAAAUU